AAGAAGAAGAAGAAGAAGAAGAAGAGGAGGAGGCAGCAGCGGAAGAAGCAGAAGCAGAAGAAGAAGAAGACAACAUCGGCACCACAAUGAACAGGAGAAUAAAGAAGGAGCUCGAAGAAAUUCGCAAAAAUGGGUUAAAGUCUUUCUGCAGCAUUCAAGUGGAUGAAUCGAAUCUUUUGUACUGGCAAGGGCUUCUCGUUCCUGAUUGCCCUCCCUAUGACAAAGGAGCGUUUCGGAUCGAGCUCAUCUUCCCCGCCGAGUACCCCUUCAAGCCCCCGAAGGUCACCUUCAAGACGAAGAUCUACCACCCCAACAUCGACGAGAAGGGCCAGAUCUGCCUGCCCAUCAUCAGCGUGGAGAACUGGAAGCCGGCCACGAAAACCGAAAAGGUGAUCGCCAACCUCGUUGCUCUGGUGAACAGCCCCCAGCCGGAGCACCCGCUCAGGGCCGACCUGGCGGAGGAGUACAGCAAAGACCGAGCGAAGUUCAUGAAGAACGCCGAGGAGUUUACAAAGAAACACAGCGAGAAGCGGCCCACCGACUGACGGCACGACACCGACGUUUGUGUGUUUCCCUCCCCCCCCCCCCCUUUUUCUGUUCAAAGAGCCCCCCCCCCCCCCCCCUCUCCACUACACACCGACCUGUUCUGGCAUUCCUGCUUGUUUUUAGCACUCUGCACUCCUUCAGAGAGGCUUCUGUCUCACUUUGCCCACGAAAAAAAAAGCAAAAAGAAAAGCGGGGACUUCUCGGUGAAGAGGCUCCGCCUCCAGGCGACACUUUUUUUUUUUUUUUUUUUUUUUUCUUCUUCUUCUUCUUUCUACUGAUUUUUCUUUUUAGAAAAAAAAUAAAAUGAGAAAAUUGUCAGAGGUGGCAUUUACGGAGAGUAAAAUAUUACAGAAAUGAUGAUUUAAAAAAAAAAAAGAAGCUGUUCUGCUUAAAUGUUAAUGUUUUUUUCACUUUAAUCCUAAAAAGUGAUGUUCUUCCACCGCUGCCGGCCUCCCGGGAACCGUCUCUGAACUUUGUUAUUUGGUUUGCAGACUAACUGCCGGACGUCAGACACAGUUCUUCUUUCCACGUUCAAAAGCUGCUCAAAGUUCUGCAGCUUUUAAAAUAACUUUCUCUCCGUUGUUGUUGUUGUUGUUGUUGUUGUUUUGACCGACUCCUGCUCCCCUGACCCCCCCCCACGCUGACAAUGUGUUCAUGUUAAAUACAAGAUCUACGAAGCACUGAUUGGUUCCAGUUCUGCUGCAGUCAAACGGCUCUAAUUGGCUUUUUUUCCCCUCCAUUUUUAAUAAACGAUGUAAUCAGCUGGUUAACGUACUCGAUUAGCUCGACGCCUUUCUGUAACACGUGAAGGUCACCGAGCUGCAGGUGGAGGACAGAAGUCAUUACUGAAUAAAGAUUUGUGAUGGAUACUUAA